AUGUCGCGUUUCGUAUCGGCGGGCGAGGCUGACUACGUGUCGCUCGAGCAGAAGCUCCUCGAGCGGCAGACGGUCGAGGAAUCAGAGGGGCCGGCACCCGGACAGCAGUCUACGCCGAACGAUGAAGAGGCGCAGAUCGACGUGUCGCCCAAGCGUCCAGAGGCGAGUGCCGCGCCGACGCGCCGCAACUCUGACGCGGACGAGGGCGUGCCUGUUCCCGCCGAGGUCGAGGAGGGGCGCGAGACCGCUGCAGGGUACCGCAAACCACGCAAGCUGGGGACGUGGGACGGCGUCUUUAUGCCUGUGACGCUCAACGUGCUCGGUAUCAUUCUGUUUCUGCGUUUCGGCUUUAUUCUGGGCCAGGCGGGUUUGCUGGGCUCGCUCUUUUUGCUGGUAAUUAGCUACGGGGUGGACACGCUCACGGUCCUCUCGCUCAACGCCAUCAGCACCAACGGACAGGUGCGUGGCGGCGGCGCGUACUACCUCAUUUCGCGCUCGCUCGGGCCCGAGUUUGGCGGGUCGAUCGGCCUGGUGUUCUUCUUUGGCCAGGCAUUCAACGCGGCGAUGAACGUGCUCGGCUGCGUUGAGAGCCUCAUUGGCGCGCUCGGCGAGUCGCGCGGGCACGGCUUCCUGCCCGAAGGCAGCUGGUUCCUGUACACCUACGGCUCCAUUGUGCUGUGGCUCUGCACGCUCGUGUGCCUCUUUGGCUCGUCGCUUUUUUCGCGUGCGACGCUCCUCCUGGCCGUGAUUCUGAGCGUGGCAGUGACGAGCAUGCCGCUCUCGGCCAUGUUUGUACAGCCGUUUGAGGACCCUGCACGCGACCUGUACUACACCGGCUGGUCCUGGACGACACUCGCAGAGAACAUGUGGCCGCACUUUACUGCGGGCGCUGCCGGCUCGUCGACCACGCCGGCGAGCGAAAACUGGCGCUCGGUCUUUGGUGUGCUCUUUCCGGCGGUGUGCGGCAUCCUCGCGGGCGCGUCCAUGUCGGGCGACCUGCGCAAGCCGAGCAAGAGCAUCCCGAAAGGCACCAACUGGUCGCUGAUCUUUACGUUUGGCGUGUACGUCGCCGCGUUUGUGAUUAUGGCCUCGACGAUCCCGCGCGAGUCGCUCUACCGCGACGUCGGCAUUGUGGGCGACGUGUCGCUCUGGCCGGUGAUUGUCGUGCUCGGCGAGGUCGCCUCGUGCUCCUUCUCUGCGCUGAUGGGCGUCAUGGCGUGCGCCAAGGUGCUGCAGGCGAUCGCACGCGACGACCUCUUGCCGAUCCUCGCGCCGUUUGCGCAAGGCACCGCGUCGGGCGACGUGCCGACCUACGCGGUGCUCGCGACGUGCGCGCUCUGCCAGCUCGUCCUCUUGCUCGACUCGAUCAACUUGAUCGCGCAUCUCGUCACGAUGACGACGCUCCUCACCUUUGGCGUGCUCUGCGCGGCGACGUUUGCACUGAAAGCGGGCGGCGCACCUUCGUUUCGCCCUUCGUUCCAGUACUGGAACAUUUGGACGGCGGGCGCAGGGACAAUUGUGUCGUUUGCCGCGAUGCUCUUUACGGAUGCCUACGUCGCGUGCGUCUGCAUCGCGGUGACCGUCUUGCUCUUUAUCCUGAUCCAGGUCCUGUGCCCGCCCAAGCCCUGGGGCGACGUCUCGCACAAUGUGACUUACCACUUUGUGCGCAAGUACCUCUUGCGCCUCGACGAGCGCAAAGGCCACGUCAAGUACUGGCGGCCGCAGAUCCUCCUCCUCGCGAACAAUCCCCGCACCGAGUGGAACCUGAUCAUCUUUUGCAACUCGCUCAAAAAGGGCGCGCUGUACGUCCUUGGCCACGUCCUCAAAGGCGAGUUCCAGUCGUGCCUGCCCGAGCUGCGGCAGCAGCACCUUGCGUGGCUCAAGCUCGUGGACGUGAGCGGCGUCAAGUCGUUUGUCGACGUCGUCAUUGCGCCGAACGAGCGCGAGGGUGCACGCAACCUGAUUCUGUCGUGCGGGCUCGGCGGCAUGCGCCCGAAUAUCAUUGUGCUGGGAUUCCCUGCCGAGCUGCAGCGUCCGAGCACCGUGCCGCGGGGCCCGAUCGGGACGGCGAGCUGCAGCAUCCCGCCCGACGUGCGCGCGCUCCCGACUGACACCUCGCGUAAAGAGACGCCGAUCAACUGCGAGACGUACGUCGGCAUUCUGGAGGAUGCGCUCGCGCUGAACAAGGCGCUCGCCGUCGCCUACGGCUUCGACGCGAUGCGCCUCCCAGGGCCGUCCAAGGUCGCGCACUACGAGCGCCCGGCCAAGGACCAGUACAUUGAUCUGUGGCCGAUCCAGAUCGCGAACCACUCGCACGCCGACGCGCCGACGUGGGAUACCUAUACCAUGGUGCUCCAGCUGGGCACAAUCCUCUCGUUCACCGGCACAUGGAACCAGCACAAGCUGCGUGUCAGUGUCUUUGUCGAGCACAAGGAAGAGAUCGAGUCGGAGCGCACGCGCGUGCGUACUCUCCUCGACAACCUACGUAUCCCCGCGUCGCUGCGCGUGUUUUGCCUGUCGACCGGCGGCGUGCCGCGGUACGAUGCGAUCGUGCUCGGGAAGCGCACGCUCGACGCCGAGGUGACCGAGGCACUGAGCGACGACCCGUGGUGGGCACGUGUGUGCGCCGCACGCCAGGCACAGGACCACGCGUCGGUCCCGCGCUCGGAGCCGAUCGAGCUCGCACGCAAACAGAGCGCGCCGUCCGUGCGGCGCGCGCGGCACAGCCAGCGCCAGUUUGGCGUGAGCUUGCCGGCAGAGCACCUCGACUACCACUACAACAAUAUCCGCCUCGGCCUUGCGCACCCGCGGUCGCAGAGUACGGGCGACUCGGACAGCGACAUGAACGAGUCGGACAUUGACGAGAUGGAGUACGACGAGCUCGAGAGCGAGCUCGCGAGCCUCGCGAUCAACUGGGACCCCAAGUAUCUGCUGCGGCGCAAGUCGGCGCGCCCCGAGCAGCCGCUCGCCGAGGCGGACGCAACGCCCGCGUCGUACGGCACGCUGAGCUCGUCGCAGCGCACCGUGACCCCCUCGAUGGUGCGUCCCGGCCGCGCGGCGUCGCCCGGCUUGGCCGAGAGCGUGCAGACGCCGCCCGCGCGCACUUCGCGCUUUGGCACGUCGGCGCGUGCCGGCUCGCACUCGCGCGAUACACGCCACUUGCUCAUGCACCCCCCCCUGCGGCGCGAGUCGACCAGCCGGGGCCCCAGCCGCGCUGGCAGCGAGCCCGGGAGCCCGUCGCGCCCCCCGUCGCGUGCGAGUGGGCAGGGCGUCCCUCCGCUGUUUAACGAGAUGGGCGGCGAUGCGUACCAGCUGAGCUUUAACGAGCUGCCGAAUCUCGCGCAGUACAUGAUUCUCAACGAACUGAUCCGCACCAAUUCUGGGACGAGCACCUCGGUGGUGCUCACGGCGCUGCCUGCGCCCGAGCCCGGGACCUCGACGAGUGCGGAGAGCAGCCAGACCUAUCUGCACCAGCUGCAGCGGCUCUAUGGCGGUGGCCCCCCCGUGAUGGGCGUCCAUGCGACGACCCUUACCAUGACCAUGUCUUUGUAG